AUGAAAUACCGACGCAGUGUCGGCAACCAGUGGCUCAACCCAUAUAUACCAAUCAGGCGACGUCUACUACAUUUUAAUAUGGACGUACGAGCUCUCUGGUCAGGCAAUAGCCUGCAAGCAAUACAAUAUGCGAUGCAGUACGCAUCUAAACGCAUCAGCCGUCUCAUGUCCCUAGCGUACUCCGCAUCGUCGGCGAUCGAAAUCGGAGGGCCGCUUGCGACGGCAAUACUUAUGGAGGGAGGAGCCGGAAAGUUCAGUUGCAAGUUUGAGCGCUUAGUACUUGUUGAAGGUCUGCAUAUGAUGUACUGCUGA